AUGGGCAUAGAAAUCCAUCCGAUCACCGCAGCAGACAUCCCGUCGGUGGCAGACUGCAUCCAGGUGUCGUUUGCGGAUGAUCCAUAUCACCUGUGGGCAUUCGACACGCGACCGGGCAAAUUCAACAAGGAGCGUAACCUAGCUAGUCUGAAGGCCAAAUGCGAAUGGGGGAUGCGACAUGCGCUAUUCUUCGUGGCCAAGGACACGGAAGACGCCGAGGGCAAAGUCAUCGGAGUCAGCAUGUGGAUGAAGCCCAGAAGCGUGGCCGAGAAGGAGACAUGGGCCGAGUGGUGGGAUGGAUAUCUCCUAUGGUUCAAGCAAGGCUGGAAUCUGUUCCGAUACAAGGGCCGCGGCGGGUUGAACAGCAAGCGAUAUUGGAUCUGGAAACAGGAGCAAGCAAUGGCCCAGGCUGAACUAUGGGACGACCCGGCAGGAUACUACUUCUGCAACAUGGUCACAGUCAGGCCAGGGAUUCAAGGGAAAGGGAUCGGCCGCAAAUUGUUCGAAAUAGUCACUGAAAUGGCAGAUGCUGAGGGCCGCAAAUGCUAUCUUGAGAGUUCCAAGGAGACACCCAACAUUGCCAUCUACCAGAAGCUGGGCUUCAAGCUGGCCAAGAAGAUGGUCUGUGAAGACGAUGGUGUUGCCUGCGAUCUCUUUUGCAUGAUCCGCGAGCCCCAGACGAAGCCCUGGACAGGGCUGGGUGGGUUAUCAUCGGAUAGGACUACGAGCAAUGAGGAGGAGGACAGCCGCUCAUCAUAG